AUGAAGCUCGACAAUUUUCUCCCAGCGCUCUUGGUGGCCCUGAACAUUGGCCAAGCCACUGCCCUCAUCGUUCCGCGUGCAACAUCGGGCGCUGCGACUGUUGACCUCAGCAGUUCGACUGGAGACGCCCGAUUUCUUGGAUCAGCGUUCAUCUACGGAUUUCCUGACAAUGGAUCAAGCGCAGACAGCUCCAUUCCCGAUUACUUCGCCACUGACAUCAAGUUCAAUGCUUGCCGUGCCGGCGGCGCCCAAACACUAUAUGCUGGAUGGGCUGGUGGUGGAUAUGACGGCUAUAUCGGACGUUUUAACUCUACCCUUUCCAAUUACAGGACUACUCGCAAAUAUGGAGCGGGCUUUAUCUUGCUUCCCCAUGACCUGUGGGGCUCUGACGGUUCUUUGGGAGGAGACGGACUAUAUCCGGGAGACAAUGGAGACUGGUCUGAGAUGGAGGCUUUCCUCGCGCAAGUUGUCAAGGAUCUUAAAGAAAACGACAUGCUUGAGGGGCUGGUAUUCGACAUCUGGAACGAACCCGAGCUUGAAAUCUUCUGGGCGCGCUCUUGGGACCAGUACUUAGAGUACUAUGUUAGAGCUCACAGAAUCAUCAGAGCCGAACUUCCGAAUACUCUCAUCAGCGGGCCAUCUGGUGCAACUGUACCUGACUUUCAGAGCUCGGCCUGGACUUCUUGGCUGGCCGCCAUAUCGGCAAACGAUACAAUCCCCGAGAUAUACUCUUGGCACCAGAUUGGCGACACAGGUCGUGAGCUCGACAGGGUCAUUCCUGAUUUCAAUGCACUCCUCAGUCAGCACAAUCUCCCACAGAGAGCGAUCGACAUAAACGAGUAUGCAGCGCCCGAAAGACAGAACCCUGCCAACUCUGCCUUCUAUCUGGCCCAGCUUGAACGUCAUAACCUGCGCGGUUUGAGGGCGAACUGGGGCAGUGGUGCAGGUCUACAUGAUCUGAUGGCCGACCUGGUCUUCAAGGAUUCCGACGGCAACUAUAAGCCCAACGGCGAUUGGCAGACGUACAAGUACUACGCCGGGAUGACAGGCGAUCGCGUUGCCACGACGGCAUCACCGGACCUGAAAUUCGAUGUCUUUGGGACUAUUUCUGAGAAUAAUGUCAAGCUUCUUGUAGGAACUCAGUCUCUUCAGGCCUCGUAUGAGAUCAGCAUCUCGGGUUUGGGUCGUAUUGGACUGCCUGCCGACGGGAGCGUUUCGAUUCGUACUCUUCGGUUCGACUUCGAUGGCCGCUCGGGCUUGAUUGAAGGUCCUGUUGAUCUUGGCACGGCCGAAUACACAUACACAUCUGAUACGCUCAUCAUUGCUGUUGACACCCCGACAAACUCGACUGCGUUUGCAUAUGAGUUUUCUGGCGGCCAGUAA